AGAUGCUCGAAGCUAACAGGAAGUGGCUUCUCGGUGCCCGGAUGUGGACGUGGCACAGCGCUGCGGCAGUUCCGGCGAAUGUCCGUCUCCGCCAACGAGAAGGGAUUAGUGAGCAACACCCCGGGACGACAUCGGCUUCUUAGUUUGCCUGCCUUCGGGUUUCACCGUUUGCCACCAACAAACGAUAGCCUUACUGUUUACAGCUUUUUGGAAAAAGAGGGAUGAACUGAGGAUGAAUGUAAACCAGCACACUCCAAUGGCCCCUCCAUAUGGCCAGCCCCAGCCCGGUUACGGGCAGCCUGGCUACGGUCAACCCAACUACGCUCCACUGGAUGGCGGGUACCCUGCUCCCUACGCACCCCACAAUGGCCCUGCUUCAGCCUAUCAUCCUGGGAUUCCACAGCAAGGUUACUCUUCUUUCACAAGCUUUCCCUCUAAGGCUAUGGCAGCAAACCCAAUCUCUGAUCCCUGUUCUCCUCUUGAUUUAGGUCCUGCAAGAGGUCCUCCCACCUCUGGACCCCCUCCUGUCCAGGCAGCUCCACAGUAUAAUCAACACAGUUCAGGCGACAUACAAAACGGGCCCCCACCAGUUACACAAGCACCACCCAGGCCUCCUGCUUCUAUGCAGUACAACCAAGGAGGCGUGAACAUGUCAGCACAGCAGCCCUCUUUCCCACAACACUAUGGCCCGCCUCCCACAAUGCAUCAGGUCACCAACCAAAUGACUGGGAUGCACAUUUCAUCUGGACCGCCCACACCUGCAGGUCCAGGAUAUGCUCCGCCCCCCAGCUCCCAGCCUCCAACCAGUAGUCAUUAUGGUGGCACGCCGCAGCCCUCUUAUUCUCAAUCCCACCCCCCAGCAUCCUCUGCUCCAUCCCAGCCGCCUCCUUCCAGUGCUCCUGCAGUUUCUCAGCAAUAUUACCCAAGCUCUGCGCCUCCCUCUCAACAGCCAUUCAAUUCUCUCCCCCCCACCUCCCAGCAACGGUUCGUCUCUCCAGUUCAACCUCAGCAAACUUUUCCUCCCUCCUCCUCCUCCUCCUACUCUGGUCCGGCUCCUCCACCCACUCAUACCUCCUCUGCCCCAGUGACCCAGCCACAGCAGCCCUUCCUUCCACCUCAGCCCCCUUUCUCCUCAGCACCUAGUGGUCAGCCCCCUGCCUUCACCGCCGGUCCGCCCCCACCCACACAGGGAUCCUUCCCACUUCAAGCACCCCCACCUUCAUCCCAACCAGGCUCCUUUCCUCCUCCCGGUCCUCCUCCCUCCUCAGUUGCCUCUGGGCAGUACCCUAGCUCUAUGCCACCACCACCCCAACAGCAGCCUCCUCAAUCUCAGCCACCCCCCUUCCACCCAGGGCCCCCUCCUCCACAAUCUCAAAUGCCCCCCACAUCCAUUGGUCAGAGCAACCAUCAGCCUCCAGGACCGCAGGGCCCGCCGAGCCCUACGGGGCCCCUGCAGCAGCCUCCUCUACAGCAAGGCAUGCCGACUGGUUACCCUCCACAACAUAAUGGUGCGUUUGGGCAGGUAAGAAGCCCUCAGCCUGGAUAUGGAGGUCCUUAUCCAGGACAACCAAACUAUGGGGCUCCAGCACCGGCUCCACAAGCCCAGAAAAGACUCGACCCAGAUGCCAUUCCAAGUCCACAAGCGUCUGACAUGCCGCCUGUGCAGAAAUCAAGACAUAGAAUAGACCCAGAUGCUAUCCCCAGCCCAAUCCAGGUAAUAGAGGACGACAAGGCGAAGACCAACGAGCCGUUCACAACAGGGGUCAGGGGUCAGGCUCCACCACUGGUCACCACCAACUUUCAGGUCAAAGAUCAAGGGAACGCCAGCCCGAGGUUUGUUCGCUGCACAGCUUACAACAUGCCUUGUACAGCCGACAUGGCGAAGCAGUCUCAGGUGCCGCUGGCUGCCGUUAUCAAGCCCCUCGCCACGCUGCCGCCUGAUGAGACUCCUCCAUACGUGGUUGAUCACGGCGAGGGAGGUCCAAUCCGCUGCAACCGAUGCAAGGCCUACAUGUGUCCGUAUAUGCAGUUCAUAGAGGGAGGGCGCCGCUUCCAGUGUAGCUUCUGCAGCUGCGUCACAGAGGUGCCUCCACAUUACUUCCAGCAUCUGGACCACACCGGGAAACGUGUGGACUGCUACGACCGGCCGGAGCUGUCGCUGGGCAGUUACGAGUUUCUGGCCACCGUCGAUUAUUGUAAGAACAACAAGAUUCCUCAGCCUCCAGCCUUCAUCUUUCUAAUUGAUGUGUCCUACAAUGCUGUGAAGAGCGGCCUGGUCAGCAUCAUCUGCCAGGAACUCAAGAGCCUGUUGGAUCACCUACCCAGGGAAAAUCCAGAAAUAGACUCCGUGAUCCGAGUGGGGUUUGUCACCUACAACAAAGUCCUGCACUUCUACAACGUGAAGGCCAGCCUGGCCCAGCCCCAGAUGCUGGUGGUGUCUGACGUGUCGGACAUGUUCGUGCCCCUGCUGGACGGCUUCCUGGUCAAUGUGAACGAGAGUCGACAAGUCAUCGAGAGUUUGUUGGACCAGAUCCCAGAGAUGUUUGCUGACACCAGGGAGACGGAAACGGUCUUUGGACCCGUCAUCCAGGCAGGACUGGAGGCCCUCAAGGCUGCCGACUGCGCAGGGAAGCUGUUUGUGUUUCACACUUCUCUUCCCAUCGCCGAAGCUCCAGGAAAACUCAAAAACAGAGAAGAUAAGAAGUUGAUCGGCACAGACAAGGAAAAGUCACUUUUCCAGCCGCAGGCGGGGUUCUACAACAACCUGGCUAAAGAGUGCGUCACUCAGGGUUGCUGUGUGGAUCUUUUCCUUUUCCCAAAUCAGUAUGUGGAUGUUGCGACGUUAGGGGUGGUCCCCGUCUCCACAGGAGGGUCCAUCUACAAAUACACCUAUUUCCAGGCUCAGUCAGAUCAGGAGCGAUUCCUGAACGACCUCAGAAGAGACAUUCAAAAACCAGUCGGGUUUGACGCCGUUAUGAGAGUGCGAACUAGCACAGGAAUCCGAGCCACCGACUUCUACGGCUCAUUUUUCAUGAAUAACACCACAGACGUGGAGCUGGCAGGCCUGGAUUGUGACAAGGCCAUCACUGUGGAGUUCAAACACGACGACAAACUCAGCGAGGAGACGGGGGCGCUCAUGCAGUGCGCUGUGCUCUACACCAGCUGCAGCGGUCAGAGGCGUCUGCGCAUCCAUAACAUGGCGGUCAACUGCUGCUCCCAGCUGGCUGAUCUGUAUCGCAACUGCGAGACGGACACCAUCAUCAACUUCCUCUCUAAAUAUGCUUUCCGAGGUGUCUUGAAUAACCCCACGAAGGCAGUGAGGGACACUCUGGUCAACCAGUGUGCUCAGAUUCUGGCCUGUUAUAGAAAGAACUGCGCCAGUCCGUCGUCUGCUGGACAGCUGAUUCUUCCUGAGUGCAUGAAACUGCUUCCUGUUUACCUAAACUGCGUUCUGAAGAGCGACGUUCUGCUGCCGGGAGCUGACGUCUCAUUGGACGACAGGGCUUACCUCAGGCAGCUCAUCAGCUGCAUGGACGUCGCAGAGACGCACGUCUUCUUCUACCCCCGUCUGCUGCCGCUGGUGAAGCUGGAAAGCGGGGCGCUGCCCGUGGCAGUGAGGGACUCGGAGGAGAGGCUGUCCAAAGGCGGAGUUUACCUCUUGGAGACGGGGCUCCACCUCUUCCUGUGGGUGGGAGCCAGCGUCCAGCAGGAGCUGCUCCUCAACAUCUUCGGCACGCCGAGCUUUGGUCAGAUCGACUCCAGCAUGACGAGUCUGCCGGUUCUGGAGAACCCGUUCUCUCAAAGACUUAGAGAGAUCAUCGAAUCCUUCAGAGCACAGAGAUCGCGAUACAUGAAGCUGGUCGUGGUGAAGCAGGAGGACCGAGCCGAGCUGAUGUUCAAGCACUUCCUGGUGGAGGACAAGAGCGCCAGUGGGGGAGCGUCAUACGUGGACUUCCUGUGUCACAUGCACAAGGAGAUCCGCCAGCUUCUCAGCUAGGCCCGCAGACCACGAGUCUCACCACAGACAAAGCCCCGCCCCCUCACAGAUCACCCCCAGCGUGUAAAAGAAACGCAUCACCUUUUUUUUAAAAAGCUGAUCAACUAAAAGCCCUCCCUGCUGUCUGUCAGAGCAGCUGGCAGAUAACACUGUGUGAUAGUGAGUGUGAGAGGGACAAACUGACCAGGAAGGGGGGGACGUGUAAAUAAACAAAUAUACAUUUAUGUAUACAGCAGAGGUAAACGUAAAGGAGGUGGCUGGUGUUAAUGUAGUUGUUCUACUGUAUGUAUGACUAGCACUGAAAGGCUUUUUGGGAGCAGAAAACAUCCUGAGCUUGUUUUAUAUGAGUGAAUCCAAUACAAUGAAAUCCAUGAAGUUGAUUUUAAAUCAUCGAUUUGUCUCUUAAUCACUAAAGUCAUGGCCUUAGUAACCGCUGCUCCAAUCAUUCAUGUUUAUUUAAGCUGAUCUUUGUACUCAGAUUACUCUCCUGAGAAAAUAAAAUUCUUUGGGGCACGAGGGCUUCAGUCAGAAACCGAUUCUGGAUUUGACUAACAUCAGACUUUAUAUCCGGGUCGCGUGGAAAGACCGCAGAAUGAAAGCAGAUGAAUCCGUUUGCAGCUUAAGCUGCCCACACUGAUGAGUUGAACAGCUGUUCAUCAAAUAUAUAAUCUGUACAGAAUUCAUAGAAAAUAACAAUUUUAAAGACCCCGCCUGAGUAGCCCGGUCUGUUUGUGUCACAAACGAUGAGACUGUGGCUUUUAGAGAACGAUGGGCUUUUGAUACAUACUCUGGUGUGACUGUGUGACAGAAGUGUGAAUGUGUGGUCGGUCCUGGUGAAUUUCUCUCAUGGAACAGAGGGAUCAGCCAGCACACACACACUCCAACCGUCUUCAUCACUUUCUGUUCCUUUUUUAAAUUUGUGUGUGUGCGUGCUCCGCCCUCUGUUCCGGUUUUUGUUGUUCACUGAUUCUGGUUGACCCGCCGUCUUGACUGUAAUCUUAAUUUCUCCUUUUUUUUUCUUUAAUUUUUCCCCCCAUUGCCUCUCGGGACUGCUAAUAAAAGGAUUGUUCAAAGUGAAACUUUA